UCAUAAAGUGGAAGGGCUGCGUUGACCUCCCCCCGGAUUCACCUCUAGUGAGAAGCCAUGUUUCGCUCUCUGAGACGCGUCCAGCAGUUUAACUGCAGCCUCCUGACUUUACAAAGAGGCAGCGUCAACUGCAAACUCCACGUCUGCACGUCCAGAAUGGCCAGUUCAGAGUACAGGAUCGAGCGGGACUCGUUUGGUGAGCUCAAGGUCCCAGCUGACAAGUACUACGGUGCCCAGACUGUCAGAUCCACCAUGAACUUCAAAAUAGGCGGACCAAGUGAGAGAAUGCCGAUCCAAGUGAUCAAGGCCUUCGGGAUCCUGAAGAGAGCGGCUGCUGAAGUCAACAAGGAGUUUGGCCUCGACCCAAAGAUCGCAGAUGCAAUCAUCCAGGCAGCAGAUGAGGUUUCAGCUGGUAAACUGGAUGAUCAUUUCCCUCUGGUGGUGUGGCAGACUGGAUCUGGGACUCAAAGCAACAUGAACGUUAAUGAGGUGAUCAGCAACAGAGCUAUUGAGAUCCUAGGAGGAACACUAGGCUCCAAGGAGCCUGUCCACCCCAACGAUCACGUCAAUAAGAGCCAGAGCUCCAAUGACACCUUUCCCACGGCCAUGCACAUCGCCGUAGCCACAGAGGUCCACCACGUCCUGCUGCCCGGCCUGCAGACCCUGCACGCCGCUCUGGCCGCCAAGUCCGAAGAGUUCAAAGACAUCAUCAAGAUCGGACGCACGCACACCCAGGAUGCAGUGCCGCUGUCGCUCGGACAGGAGUUCAGCGCUUAUGUCCAGCAGGUGAAGUACAGCAUCGCGAGAGUGAAGGCUGCUAUGCCCAGGGUGUACGAGCUGGCGGCGGGGGGCACUGCGGUCGGGACGGGACUCAACACCCGCAUCGGCUUCGCUGAGAAGGUGGCGUCCACCGUGGCUUCUCUCACGGGCCUGCCGUUCGUGACCGCUCCCAACAAGUUCGAAGCUCUGGCGGCCCACGAUGCUCUGGUGGAGCUGAGCGGGGCGCUGAACACGGUGGCCGUCAGCAUGAUGAAGAUCGCCAACGACAUCCGCUUCUUGGGGUCAGGACCCCGCUCGGGCCUCGGGGAGCUCAUCCUACCGGAGAACGAGCCGGGGAGCAGCAUCAUGCCGGGCAAGGUGAACCCCACGCAGUGCGAGGCCAUGACCAUGGUGGCGGCCCAGGUGAUGGGAAACCACGUGGCGGUCACCAUCGGAGGCAGCAACGGGCACUUUGAGCUCAACGUCUUCAAGCCCAUGAUGGUCAAGAAUGUGCUGAACUCAGCGCAGCUACUCGGGGACGCGUCCGUCUCCUUCACCAACAACUGCGUGGUGGGCAUCGAGGCCAACAGAGAGAGGAUCAACAAGCUCAUGAGCGAGUCUCUCAUGUUGGUCACCGCUCUCAACCCGCACAUCGGCUACGACAAAGCCGCCCUCAUCGCCAAGACGGCUCACAAGAAGGGCUCCACGCUGAAGGCCGUGGCCGUGGAGCUGGGCUACCUGACUGAGGAGCAGUUCGACCAGUGGGUGAAGCCCAGCGAGAUGCUGGGGCCAAAGUGAACUCUGACAGCACGAGAAACAAAGAAAAUACCUUUUCUAGUCUAAGAAAAGACUCCUGCCUAUUAAAUGAAAGAGGUUGAACUGUAUGAAACGAACAUUAAGAUCCUGAACUUCACAUCUCUUAAUACACAUUUUGUGAAUCCUGAUACUGUUUUGCAUACUGGUGUUAAACUUUCACUGUAAUACACUGUUACAUGUUAAAACAGUGAAUUCACCCAUUUGACACAAAGUGUAAAAUUUGUGUAUUUGUUUAACAACUAUAUAAAGUCUUAAACCUUUUGACUAUUAGUUGGUACCUUCAGAUGUUCACACUGUGCCAUCCCAAAUGAUUCAACCUGGACGACUGUACCUCUGUUUCACAGUAUAUGUGCCAGUUGUUCAGCGUACCAGUUCAAUUAAAAUAUGUAUUCAUUUAAAAACAAA